AUGAAUAAUCCGGAGCUAAUAUGGGAAAGCUUAAACAAACACUUCUGCUCCUUUAAGGUUAAAUGUGGAGACACAGAAUUUUGCAGAAAUGAGUAUAAUGUUACAGGUCUUUGUAAUCGUGUUUCUUGUCCGCUUGCUAACCUAGCUUAUGCGACUAUAAUGGAACAUGAAGGCGAAUGCUAUCUGUAUAUAAAAACAGCAGAGAGAGCUCAUACACCUAGAUAUCUUUGGGAAAAGAUCAAACUAAGUAACAACUUUCUUACUGCUAUACAACAAAUAAAUAACAACUUAAAGAAUGUAUAUCCAGACCACCAAAUAUUGAGAUGUAAGCAUAGAUUAACUAAGAUUAGACAAACAUUAGUAAGAGCUAGAAAAAUGGCUUUGCAGACAAGGCCAAAGCUUGUACCUAUAAAGAAGAAGACAGAAAGAAGAGAAGCUACAAGAGAGGAAAAGGCUCAUAUUAGUGCAAAAAUUGAGAAAGCUGUUGAAAAUGAAUUGUUACUUAGACUUCAUGAGGGAGCAUACGAUGGUAUAUAUAAUUAUCCACGUGGAAACUUCAAGAAAGUUGACACCGAAGAAGUAUAUGAAGAAGAGGAAGAUUUGGACAUUCUUGAAUCUCAAUUUGUAGAAUUUAUUCAAGAUGAUGAUGGAGACGAAUCUGAAGAUGAGCUUGACAAAGUGCAUGGGCGAGAAUUAAAAAAACUCUUGAAAGACAAAAAAAAAGUUAAUCUUGAGUAUGAAAUAGACCAAGAUGAACAAUUAAACAAAGGUUAUAUUCAAUAA